GACAGGUUUCCGGUUGGCUAUUUGUGUACGGGUGUAAGGAACGCGUACUGUUCUUUUAAGCAGGCGUUUUAACAAACUGUCGAGUUUAGAUUUGAAUGAUUACGGUAUUCAUCGAUCAACAACAUUUAUACUGAGAUGUCGGACGACUUGAUGAAACAGUUAAGCAGCUACAAAGCCCAGCUACAGCAAGUAGAAGUUGCCUUAUCUACCGACCCAGAUAAUGAAGACCUCCUUAAACUCCAGAAAGACUUACAGGAAGUCAUUGAUUUGACAAAAGACCUCCUGACCUCACAGCCCACUGAAAGUGCUUCCACAACCAAUGGCUUAGACACAGUCCCCCUGAAGCUCGGCUGGAAAGUGGGGGACAGGUGUAUGGCCGCGUGGAGUCAGGACGGCCAGGUGUAUGAGGCUGAGAUUGAGGAGAUAGACCGAGAGAACAGCACUGCAGCAGUUACCUUCUCUGGAUACGGGAAUGCGGAAGUGAUUCCUCUGCAGAACCUCAAAGCAGUAGAGGAGGGGAAACGUUCUGAUGAGGAUGGGAGUGGAAGACCAAAAUCAAGGAAAGAGCAGAUAGCAGAGCAGAGAGAGUAUAAGAAGAAGAAAGCCCAGAAGAAGGUACAGAGGAUGAAGGAAUUGGAGCAGGAGAGGGAGGAGCAAAAGUCAAAGUGGCAACAGUUCAACAACAAAGCCUACUCAAAGAACAAGAAAGGACAGGUAAAGAGGAGCAUAUUUGCAUCUCCAGAAAGCGUAAAUGGAAAGGUGGGAGUAGGAACAUGUGGUAUUGCAGACAAACCUAUGACCCAGUAUCAUGACACGUCAAAAUACAAUGUCAGACAUCUAAUGCCACAAUGACCUGAUAUACUGUGUAUAAUAAUCCACUGUAUACUAGCUGUAUCGGUGCUUUCCAUUGUGUUUAUACAUGAUUUAAGUUUCUCAAGUAAAGAAAGCUUUGAAAGGAAUUGCUUGCACACCAUUGUUUGAAAUAUUGAUGUAGUUUUCUUAUAUAUUAUGUAGGUACAACAACAAAAAAUCCAAAUGGAGGGGGUUUCCCCUGCACUAGAACAAGGUCACCUGUUAUGUAAGAACAGGAAGUGGUGUCGUAGAAAAGCCGUAGAGUUUGCGUCCAGAUUCCACUGAGGCCAAAUACCCGUUGAGAUGUGGACAAAUAUACACUUGUAGACACGGUGUGUAAAUUUGAAUCUGGAUUCUAAACACUGAUCCCUUAAUAAUGGUGUUGAUUUGAGAUGGCUGAAUUUACAUUUUAAUUUCUGUAAAUAUAUAACAAAUAAACAUGGUUUUCUUUUCAGUUUUUUAAAUAUUUGGUUCCACGUCAUUUUGACUGUUUUUACAUUAUAUUUUCAUUGUGGCUCUGUCAGGUCCUGUAGGUGGCAGUAAAGAUUUGUACAGUUAAUGAAUCCAUUUAAUGAGCAUGAUGUGUUGAUACAACCUGUUUUCUCAUUAAAGUUAUAUGAGGGGUUUUUUUUGACAUGUUCGACUUUGUUAAUUUAGUAUCUUCAAUGCACAGUGUUAUCAACAAGCUGAUACUUGAAACACAAUUCUGACUGGCAACAACUACAGUCCAUCUGCUUAGUACAGUUUUUUUUUUUUUUUAAAGAGACAACAUUGGUUAAUGUCUGGGUGGAAGAGGUUUAUUAAGAUUCCAGGGACAGUUAUCAGGAACUGUUACAAAGUAUUAGCAGGGGACCAGCAGCACAUGUUUUGCAAAAAAGUCACCUUGGAUGGCUGAUUAAGCACGAGAGAAAACAUUCUGGGGUGUGCUUUGACGUACUUCCUUAACAAAAGUCUUUUUCAUAGUGCAUUUUAUAGUUUCCCAAACAGGUUGGGGGGGAAAAAAGACCUGUAACAAGGAACUUUGUGCAAGAGUCAUAUACCCAUGUUAAGACACAAUUUGGUGGUGAUCUACGUAGGACUUGGACCAGUAAAAUGCAGAUAAAUGUCUUAUUGAAAUGUCUUUUUUGGUUUCAUGGAUUCCAACAGGUCAGCAGUGCAAUUCUGUGUCAAAUAUACAUUAAAUUAUUAAUGUGAACUCUCCAAAUUUCAA